AGGGCCAUGGCGGAGAUCGGACACCAUGCGGAGUUCGGGGCGUCUCACUCCUCCUACUACACCAAAGCAGAGGCAAAGGAGCACUACCCUAGCCUCGACGAAGUGCUCGGGAAGAAGAUCGAGGACGAGGACGUAAGGGAGCUGACCAAGGAGCUGCUGGAGGCUUCCUCGAGAGUAGGAGACGCUCUCCGUGUGAACCUGGCGACUGUCGCUGCAUCGCAGAACUCUGUGUUUGGCGAUGUCCAGCUGGCGCUAGAUGUCAUAGCGGACAACAUUCUGUGGGAGGCAGCCAAGGCAUGCAAGCUGAUCAAGGAGGCGGCGUCUGAGGAGGAGCCGAAGCUCGUGGAGACCAACCCCAACGGCAGGUUCACCGUCUGCUGGGACCCACUCGACGGCUCCUCCAUCGUCGACAAUAACUGGGCGGUAGGGACGAUCAUCGGCGUGUGGGACAAGACGACAGGAAUGCUGGGAGCGACGGGAAGGGAUCAGAUCACGGCGAUGGUGGUCAUGUACGGGCCGCGAACGACGGCUCUGAUAGCGUGCGACGACGGAGUAUACGAGUUUACUUGUAUCACUGAAGAUAGGUGGAUAGCGUCAAAGGAGAAGAUCAGGAUCAACAAGGAGUCCAAGAUCUUUUCACCAGCCAACCUCCGAGCCUGCGCCGAUCUUGAAGGAUAUGAAAAGCUCGUCAGUUACUGGAUGCACAACAGAUACACUCUUAGGUACACUGGUGGACUCGUGCCCGACGUCUACCAGCAGUUCACCAAGGAGAUGGGAAUUUUCACCAACCCGAGCACGCCCAAGUCCCCAGCAAAGCUCCGACUCGCCUUUGAGGUGGCUCCGUACGCCUUCCUUGUGGAGAAGGCGGGAGGUUGCUCCUCCGACGGCGUCACCGGCAACUCCCUGCUGGACUCCAAGAUCGAGGCCGUUGAUCAGAGGACGGCAGCGUGCUUCGGAUCAGAGGUGGAGGUGAAGAGAUUCAACGAGAUGGUAUUGGGCAAGACAAGGUGA